AAUUUACUAUAAAAUCAACGCCGCUCUCAAAUUAGGGCUGGCUCUUCCCUCCUCCUUCUUCGCUCCACUCUCCACUCUCUCUCUUCCCUGUGGCUGGAUCCUGUGUUCUGUAUUCCUUCUCACUUCUCAGGCAUUUGCAUUAUUUGCUUUAAUAAUGCUUUUGGUGUUCUAUGGAGCAGAUGGACCACUUUGAUGGAGAUAAAUGAGAGGGAUGGUAAAAUUCAUUCUUACCCAGAAAUCAUAGUGGCUUUCUCUAGUCUAUAGAGGUUAUGCCUGUCAUGGAAGUUGAUAAAUCUGACAUCAUUCGUGCUGAAGAAAUCAAAGCCCAAGCAAAUGAAGCAUUUAAAGCCCACAAGUAUGCUCAAGCAAUUGAUCUAUAUACCCAAGCAAUUGAGCUAAGUGGUCAGAAUGCUGUAUACUGGGCGAACCGUGCAUUUGCACAUACUAAACUGGAGGAAUAUGGUAGUGCAAUCCAGGAUGCAUCGAAGGCUAUAGAAAUAGAUCCUAAAUAUUCAAAAGGUUAUUACAGGAGAGGUGCUGCUUUUCUUGCUAUGGGGAAACUCAAAGAGGCACUUAAAGAUUUUCAACAGCUCAAGAAGAUCUGUCCCAAUGAUCCUGACGCUGCUAAGAAAUUGAAGGAAUGUGAAAAGGCAGUCAAGAAGCUUAAGUUUGAAGAAGCAAUUGCUGUUCCCGAAUUUGAAAAGCGUUCAGUGGCUGAUUCCAUUGAUUUCCAUCAAAUUGAUGUUGAGCCACAGUAUGCUGGUGCUAAGAUUGAAGGUGAUGUUGUAACGCUGGAUUUUGUGAAGAAAAUGAUUGAUGAUUUUAAAAACCAGAAAAGCUUGCACAAACGAUAUGCAUUCCAGAUUGUAUUACAAGUCAGAGAAAUCUUGCGUGCCCUUCCAUCUCUUGUUGAUGUUAACAUUCCAGAAGGCAGGCAUAUAACUGUCUGUGGUGAUGUGCAUGGUCAGUUCUAUGAUCUCUUAAAUAUUUUUGAGCUUAAUGGGCUUCCGUCAGAUGAAAACCCAUACCUCUUUAAUGGAGACUUUGUGGAUAGAGGUUCAUUUUCUGUGGAGGUUAUUCUCACCUUGUUUGCAUUCAAGUGCAUGUCUCCAUCAGCCAUGCAUUUGUCCAGAGGAAAUCAUGAGAGCAAGAGCAUGAACAAGAUUUAUGGCUUUGAGGGUGAAGUUCGGUCUAAGUUGAAUGAAACGUUUGUGGAACUAUUUGCAGAAGUAUUUUGCUAUUUACCUUUGGGUUAUGUUCUAAAUGAGAAGGUUUUUGUGGUUCAUGGAGGUCUUUUUAGUGUUGAUGGGGUGAAACUCUCUGAAAUUAGAGCAAUAGAUCGCUUUUGCGAACCUCCCGAGGAAGGAUUAAUGUGUGAAAUCCUGUGGAGUGAUCCACAACCUAAUCUUGGGAGAGGGCCUAGUAAGCGAGGUGUAGGUCUUGCCUUUGGUGCAGAUGUCACAAAAAGGUUUUUGGAGGAGAAUAAUUUAGAUUUAAUUGUGCGAUCCCAUGAAGUCAAGGAUGAAGGGUAUGAGAUCGAGCAUGAUGGUAAACUUAUAACAGUAUUUUCUGCUCCCAAUUAUUGUGACCAGAUGGGAAAUAAAGGUGCUUUUAUUCGCUUUGAAGCACCAGAUUUGAAGCCCAACAUUGUAACCUUCUCAGCAGUGCCGCAUCCUGAUGUGAAGCCAAUGGCAUAUGCAAAUAACUUCAUGAGGAUGUUCCAAUAGCCGGACGAAGAAUCCAUCGAGUCGUUUUCAGUUUAACCGGAGGAGAUCUGGCUACAUCUACAUGUUUUGAGUUCGUUGUGAUUGUUUGUGGAAGCUGCUUCUUCCCAACGCUUUCUAGCAGUUUAGUUGGAUACUUCUUUUACCUUCUAGGCUUCUGUUUUGACCCUUUGAUUAGUUGCCCAAAAGUGUUCCAAAUUAAUUGUGUAUUGCUGCAUAGCUUUCUCGAUUGACAUUUCUAUGUUAUUUACAAAGGGGAAAAGAAAAACAUUUGUUUA